CUCAUCAUGGCACCUUCAGGAAGAAAGCAUGGAGGAAAAGCUGGUAAACCAGUACAGGAAGAUCCAGCCAUACCUGCUUAUGACUUUCAGGAGGAAAGAAAAGAGCUGAGUGGAUCAGAGGAAGAUAUUAGAGAAGGCGAAACACCAGUAUUGGACAAGCAUGGAAAGAAAAGACCUUUGGUGACUACUCAUGUGAUUCCAGAUGAUGUUGGGGGUGAAGUACAGAAUAUGCUGGAAAGAUUUGGAGCUGACAUCAACAAGGCUCUCUUGGCAAAGCGGAAAAGAUUAGAAAUGUAUACGAAAGCCUCACUCAAAACCAGUAACCAGAAGAUUGAACAUGUUUGGAAAACACAGCAGGAGCAAAGGCAGAAGCUCAAUCAUGAGUUUUCCCAGCAGUUCCUGACCUUAUUUCAGCAAUGGGAUGUAGACGUGCAGAAAGCAGAGGAGCAGGAAGAAAAACUAGCGAAUAUGUUUCGUCAGCAACAAAAGGUUUUUCAACAGGCAAGAAUAGUUCAGAGUCAGAGGCUGAAAACCAUUAAGCAACUCUAUGAGCAAUUCUUAAAGAGCAUGGAGGACCUGGAGAAGAGCAAUGAAAAUCUCCUGGCUGGUGCACAAAGUGAGCUUCGCAAAGAAAUGGCCCUGUUGCAGAAGAAGAUUAUGAUGGACACCCAACAGCAGGAGAUGGCAACUGUUCGCAAGUCUCUUCAGUCCAUGUUAUUCUGA